UUGGCAGUUCUCUUAAGGUCGGCAGCGGCAGCGGCAGCGAGGUCGGCAGCGGCAGCGAGGUCCGCUGUGCUCUUCCGCGGACUCUGAAUCAUGGCGACCACGGCCACGAUGGCGACCUCGGGCUCGGCGCGAAAGCGGCUGCUCAAAGAGGAAGACAUGACUAAAGUGGAAUUCGAGACCAGCGAGGAGGUGGAUGUGACCCCCACGUUCGACACCAUGGGCCUGCGGGAGGACCUGCUGCGGGGCAUCUACGCUUACGGUUUUGAAAAACCAUCAGCAAUCCAGCAACGAGCAAUCAAGCAGAUCAUCAAAGGGAGAGAUGUCAUCGCACAGUCUCAGUCCGGCACAGGAAAAACAGCCACCUUGAGUAUCUCAGUCCUCCAGUGUUUGGAUAUUCAGCUUCGUGAAACUCAAGCUUUGAUCUUGGCUCCCACAAGAGAGUUGGCUGUGCAGAUCCAGAAGAGGCUGCUUGCUCUCGGUGACUACAUGAAUGUCCAGUGCCAUGCCUGCAUUGGAGGCACCAAUGUUGGCGAGGACAUCAGGAAGCUGGAUUAUGGACAGCAUGUUGUCGCGGGCACUCCAGGGCGUGUUUUUGAUAUGAUUCGUCGCAGAAGGCUAAGGACACGUGCUAUCAAAAUGUUGGUUUUGGAUGAAGCUGAUGAAAUGUUGAAUAAAGGUUUCAAAGAGCAGAUUUACGAUGUAUACAGGUACCUGCCUCCAGCCACACAGGUGGUUCUCAUCAGUGCCACGCUGCCACACGAGAUUCUGGAGAUGACCAACAAGUUCAUGACCGACCCAAUCCGCAUCUUGGUGAAACGUGAUGAAUUGACUCUGGAAGGCAUCAAGCAAUUUUUCGUGGCAGUGGAGAGGGAAGAGUGGAAAUUUGACACUCUGUGUGACCUCUACGACACACUGACCAUCACUCAGGCGGUCAUCUUCUGCAACACCAAAAGAAAGGUGGACUGGCUGACGGAGAAAAUGAGGGAAGCCAACUUCACCGUAUCCUCAAUGCAUGGAGACAUGCCCCAGAAAGAGCGGGAGUCCAUCAUGAAGGAGUUCCGGUCGGGCGCCAGCCGAGUGCUUAUUUCUACAGACGUCUGGGCCAGGGGGUUGGAUGUCCCUCAGGUGUCCCUCAUCAUUAACUACGAUCUCCCCAAUAACAGAGAAUUGUCCAUACACAGAAUUGGGAGAUCAGGUCGAUAUGGCCGGAAGGGUGUGGCCAUUAACUUUGUAAAGAAUGACGACAUCCGCAUCCUCAGAGAUAUCGAGCAGUACUAUUCCACUCAGAUUGAUGAGAUGCCGAUGAACGUUGCUGAUCUUAUCUGAAGCAGCAGAUCAGUUGGAUGAGGGAGACUGUUCACCUGCUGUGUACUCCUGUUUGGAAGUAUUUGGAUCCAGAUUCUACUUGAUGGGGUUUAUAUGGACUUUCUUCUCAUAAAUGGCCUCCCGUCUCCCUUCCUUUGAAGAGGAUAUGGGGAUUCUGCUCCCUUUUCUUAUUUACAUGUAAAUAAUACAUUGUUCUAAGUCUUUUUCAUUAAACAUUUAAAACUUUUCCCAUAAA